AGUGGAACCUAAUCAGACGCAUGUUGUGUUGUGUACAAAAAGAAACGUCAAACUGAAGUCGAGCGAACCAAAACUAAACGGCCAAAAAAUACGCAAACCCACUGGAAACCGAAAAGGAUAAGGCACAGGAAAUACGAUUGUUUACCAGAGAGAGCGGCGGACCCGUAGCGAACCGCUCCCCCAAAAAGCGGCGGCCCCAAAAAAUCGCCCACAAGAGAAUCCACCAAAAACCCAUUUGCACACACACACACACACAUACAGUCACACAACCACACUCGCGCAGCCAAGGAGCAAAAGAAGAAUUGCGCCAGAAGAAGCAGUAGCAUAAAGAAUCUAGUAGUGCAACCACCCGGAUCCACAGGUUCUCGUUCCAAAGGUUGGAUCAGCGCCACAGGAACAGCCAAGCAGUCAGCAGAAGAUCACCAGUAGCAGCUACCAGUCAGGAUCAUAAUUGCCAGGAUGAGCAUGGAGAAAGUAGCCAACAAGCAGUAUGAGUCGAAAAACUGGCCAGAUCUCGUCGACAGCGACGACAGCGAUGUGGAGAACGAGAUAGACGUGGAGAAGCUCCCGCCCCUGGAGGUGGGUCCCGGCGAGAACCGGCUGCAGCACACAUACUGCCUCUGGUUCUCUCGCAAGGGUACGCAACGGGCGGCCGCCGACUACAGCAAAUCGCUGCACGUGGUCGGACGGUGCGCCAGCGUGCAGCAGUGGUGGUCGCUCUACUCGCACCUCAUCCGGCCCACCGCCCUAAAGCCCUACCGGGAGCUCAGCCUCUUCAAGCAGGGCAUCAAACCGAUGUGGGAGGACCCGGCGAACAGCAAGGGCGGCCAGUGGGUGAUACGGCUGCGCAAGAACAAGAUCGAGCGGGCCUGGGAGAACGUUUGUAUGGCGAUGCUCGGGGAGCAGUUUCUCGUCGGCGACGAGAUAUGCGGAAUCGUGCUACAGACGAAAUAUCCGGAGGAUAGCUUAUCAGUAUGGAACAGGACUGCCACUGAUAUGACCAGUACAACACGUAUCCGUGAUACGUUACGCAGGAUAUUAAAUAUACCUCUAACAACGGCAAUGGAGUAUAAGAUACACUGUGAUAGCCUUAAAUAUGUUUCAAUUAAUAAAGGCCCAUUGAAAAGCUGAAAUUCAGUGAAUAACUAUAAACAAAAGAAAAACAAAAACAAUAAUUACACAAACAGAUAAUAUAUGUCGCUAGUAAAAGCAGCAACAGCCACAAGUUCAUCGACAGCACAGACAGGAGUUAUACACCAACAGCGAGCACAAUAAACCAACCUGGACACACCAGAACAUCUCAUCCUCAUCCGGAAUCGAAACAUCAACCACGAAUCCAACCGCAUCGACAGCGAGGACAACCCGAAACAACAAAUCCACAGAAAGGCAAAUUAAUAUUUAAGCGCUAAUGAGACAAAUCUUUGUAUUUUAAACGAGUUUACAAAGUGUGUGUGUAUAUAUGAAACGCCAUAAAUAUUUUAGUUCGUAUGUAUAAAGUAUAAAUUAGGCAUUCCCCAUUAAAGAAAAUCAGAGUCCCCCAAACUGCCCAAAGCCGAAGACCGAAGCCCCUAGAAUCUGGCUAAUCUAUCCUAGUUUAUUUUGUAUUAAUUUACCAAACCUUAUCUCAAUCCUUUAACACAAUUGGACCACUCCUCCCACGGGCGUGCCCUUGUAUCGUAGCCUUAUCGAUUAUCGCCAUAGUCGGCAGGCAGCCAACACACAAGAUAAUGAAUCAAUGAAACUGACACACCAACUAGCCGAUGCUGUAUUUAUCUGUUUGCAUUGAUUAUUUUAAAUUAAUGAUACAAACCGAAACUGAAUAA